ACCAGUUGAUAUAGUCGGGUCAAAAGACAUUCGCUGAUUCGCUUUCAUAACAUUUGUUACGACAUACAAAAAAGAUAUGGAACUUUAUAGAUUGGUUUUUAUUUGUCUAACAUUAAUUGCAUUUUCGAAGGUUUUUGUGAAUUCUAAUAAAUGCAACGACUCAGCUGCAACAGCAAAACAAGUGAAAUCAUGUCCACAAAAUCACAAGGAAUGGAACAAAGCAGCUGCAAUGAAAGGCUGUGAAAGAAUGACCUACUCCUGUUCAUCAUUUGAAUACCACUGCGUAAUUAAUGCGUGGGGAAAUGAAACAAUUGAAGUAUGUGCCCCAAGACUGAAUAUCGUCGGGAAUGCUUGUGCUGAAUAUAACCAAGGUGGAACGAGAAUUCAACGCAACGAAAUUGUACCAUGCAAAAAUUGUCCGCCUUUUUACUUUUCGAAUGAAAGUUUCAAAUAUCAAGAAUGUUAUGAGCACGUCAAAAAUGCAAAAACGUCACUUACAACACAACGGACAAUCAAAUCGAUAUCAGUGGAAUCAACUGAAGAAAAAGUUUACCAAUCGACAUCAAUAACUCCUAUGGAGAAUUCAGCACGUCCUCUUCAAAGUAUUGGUUACCAAAAUACACCGAGUCAUAUCAUCAUCAUCAUCAGUGUGUGUGUGGUCGUCUGUUUAGCAGGCAUAUUAAUUGUUUUUACAGUUAAACAACGAUCAUGGGCAAAUGAACUUUGUUCUCAUUUUAAAAGAAUAGUUUUACAACGUGAAGAGUCAAAAAUGACAAAACCAGUAUCUGCUAUUGAAACUGUCGAAGAAGGUCACGAAGUACAAAAUUGUUUACUGGAAAAGGAAACGCAAAUACAGAACGUGAUCUAUAAACUUAAUGAAUCUUCAGACAAUGCCAAUUCCGAUACAGUUUCAAGCUGACACAUUUUCUAUUAUAUGGAAUAUUUGAAUGUUCUGUUAUCUAUAUAUUUAUUGUUGUUAUUCAUGUUUUUAUUGACUCUAAAUGGCAGCUACUUAUUAAAUGAAUUUAACCUAAAACGAAGU